AUGGCUGAUCCACAGGCGCGAAUCACCCUACCUGGGUUCGGGCUGCCCGUCGACGCCCUCUCAACGUGGGCCCCCGGGUAUAACAAGAAGCGCUUUCCACACGCCAUUUCCGACUACUUCGCCACCGAUGGCUUAACCGUGCGCGAGCGGCGCAUGCUCGACUUCAUCAACAAGAUCACCGACAAGCCUGGAUGGGACAGCAAAGUCUUCGACGAUGACAUUGUGUCUAAGUGGAGAACGGAAGCUUGCCGGUACGACGAAAGCCUUAAAGACGAAUACCUCUCGCAGGCCAUGUUCAACUACUGCAUCUCCGAACUUCAAGAUAAAGCAUCGCUUCACCGCGAAAAGGGAUUGGUGGCCGUCAUGGACGCCGACGCAACCGUGGUCAAGUCCGACUCCGCAGUUUCCGACGAUUUGCGCCAGAGCCUAAUCCGAGCUGUCCAUCCUCUGGAAGACGUUCCCGACCGGCUGAAGGACUGGCAUCCCGGUUCCAGAAACCAAGUUCUUGACCUUGUGCACCCAUCCUUAUUCCCCCUCGUCUUUGGCCGUUCGAGGGUGCUUCCCUCUGGACGAGUGCCUCUUAAGGACUGUGCUCAGUUCACCGGCAUGGGAGAGACAAUGCAAGAACUCAAAAAAUGCAUGGAUGGCUCCUUCCAUGCCAAGCACUCCCAGAACGCCUGGGGUGGGUACCAGAAGCACUCCCAGAAAGCCUGGGGUGGGUACCAGUGGUUGCCGGCGCAGGUUGAUUUCGCGCCGGAUGGUCAGCCACGAAUCACAAGUUACAUCAACAACCUGCACCCUCAGGCCCACGCCGACUUGUACGCCGUGUUGGAGAAGUUCGUUGAUAGGUCAAUCCCACUGUGGAACGAGUGUCUUUCUUGGUUCCACGAUCGCCGCCGCAUCAAGAUUGACGGGACCAGCAAUGAAGAUUGGUUCCUACCCGAAGGCGUUAAGUGGUCCCGGCCAACCUCCGAAGAUGGCUAUCAGGAGGAAGACAGUGAUGAAGAAGAAAUGGACGACGAGCAGUGGGCGCAAGAACACGGCUUCGAAGACGAGUACGAAGAAUGGUUCGAGGAGCACAGGAUCCUCAAGCAGAAGGAGCCGUCUCCGUUCGUCCCUUUCAGCGAAACCUUACAGCGUCCCCAUCUGCAAGGCAUCAGCCGUGUUGACCUGAGAUCCACAUACAAGGAUUCUGGCCUUCAGGUAAUCUUCAAGCUUGCCAACAUCCAUCUGACUCCCGAGAACCCGGAAUACAACGGAUCCAAGUGGCACAUCGAGGGCGCGUUAAAUGAACACAUCUGCGCAACCGCCAUCUACUACUAUGACUCGGACAAUAUCGAGCCCAGCCACCUGGCUUUCCAGCAGUCCAUUAGUCCCGACGAAAUCCUUUCCAAUACCACGCAAAGCGAAUGGUCCUCCGCCUGCGCCUACUACGGCAUCGAAUACGAAGGCACCAACGUCCAGUCGCUCGGCCAGGUCGCCACCCCGCAAGGCCGCCUCCUAGCCUUCCCCAAUGUCAUGCAGCACCGCGUCUCGUCGUUCCGCCUCGCCGACCCCACCAAGCCCGGCCACCGCAAGAUCCUCGCCAUGUUCCUCGUCGACCCGCACACGCCCGUCCUCUCGACCGCCAACGUGCCGCCCCAGCGCCGCGACUGGUGGGCAGCCGAGGUGCGGAAGGUGGAGCGCUUCGCGGCGCUGCCCGAGGAGCUGUUCGAGGCUAUAAUCGAAGGAGUCGACGACUUCCCCUUUUCGUGGGACGAGGCGGAGUUGAUUCGCGAGAGGCUGAUGAAGGAACGCAUGCGCAUUCAGAGCGAGGCGGAAGAUGCGAUGUAUAACGAGAGAUUCAACUUUUGCGAACACUGA